AGUCUGGCACCAGUAACCUAAGGACACACAAUUUCAAAUUCCUGAUGGCUUUCUCUCCUCCCACCACUGAGAGGUAAUAAAAGGAAUCUGCACAACCUUACGAGGGCUUUUUACACUUGGAUGCUGUUAGGCAAAGAUAUUCAACAACCUAGAGAAGAUUACAGAAUCCCUGAAAAUCAAAAAGGGGGUUUGUGAUUAAUAAUUAUCUUUAGAGAGAGAGAAAAAAAUCUCGAAUGAAGAUGCUGAAUGUGGACUUUCUAGUUUUAAGCCUCUGCCUUGGUCUAGGAGCAGGAUUCAGUGCUGCUGGUAAGAGACAAUAUCAGAUCCAAAAUGGCCCAUGCAGCUAUACAUUUCUACUGCCUGAGCAGGAAAACUGCCAAAGCCAGAACUACAACUAUCCCAUUCAAAAGGAUGGACCCACAGACGAGUCAACGCAGAGGCUGGAACAACUGGAGAUCAACUUGGAGAACAACACACAGUGGCUGCUUAAGUUAGAGAACUACAUACAAGACAGCAUGAAGCAGGACUUCGUCCAAUUCCAACAGACUGCUGUGCACAACCACACAGUUACAAUGAUUGAAAUUGGAGCAAACCUGCUGAGUCAAACUGCUGAGCAAACAAGGAAACUCACCAAUGUGGAGGCUCAGGUAAUUCAUCAUGCAACUCGACUUGAACGUCAACUUCUUGAAAAUUCAUUGUCAACCAACAAGUUGGAAAAACAACUCAUCGUCCAAACAAAUGAAAUCAACAAACUAAAUGAUCAAAACAGUCAUCUGGAAAAGAAAGUGCAAGAGAUGGAGGAGAGGAGGGAGAUGGACCUGAAGACACUCAGGGAAGAAAAGGAGCACCUUCAGAUGCUAAUACUGAGGCAAACCACCAUCAUCGGUGAGCUGGAGGAGCAGCUGCUUAAAGCCUCUUCCAACAAUUCUGUCCUACAUCAGCAGCAGCAGGAGCUGCUGGACACAGUGAACAACCUCAUAUACACCCUGUCUGCUGGCGCUGCUCAAGAGCCCAAAACAGUCAUGAUGCAGGACACUCCUUCCACCUAUAUGGACUGUGCUGCAGUAUACAAGUCUGGAAACACCCACAGUGGUGUCUACACUCUCACAAUACCCAACACUACAAUGGAAGUCAAGGCUUUCUGUGACAUGGAAACAGAAGGAGGUGGUUGGACAGUACUACAAAAACGUACUGACGGCCAUGUUGACUUUCACCGUACGUGGCAAGAGUACAAAAAGGGGUUUGGAGAACCUUCAGGUGAAUUCUGGCUGGGUAAUGAAUUCGUCUCCACACUGACAAGUCAGCAGAGCCACAAACUAAGGAUCCAGCUGAGAGACUGGGAAGGAAACUCUGCAUUCUCACAAUAUGAUCAGUUUUCUCUGGAUAAUGAAGCACAAAAUUACAAGAUACACCUUAAAGGCUACAGUGGAACUGCAGGCAAAAUAAGCAGCAUUGGGCAGCCAGGAAGUGAUUUCAGUACAAAGGAUGCAGACAAUGACAAAUGUGUUUGCAAAUGCUCACAACUGACAACAGGAGGAUGGUGGUUUGAUGCCUGUGGUCCAUCCAAUUUGAAUGGGAUAUAUUACCAACACGGGCAAAACUCCAAUCGCUUCAAUGGAAUCAAAUGGUACUACUGGAAAGGCUCAGGUUAUUCACUGAAGUCGACCACAAUGAUGAUCAGACCAGCUGACUUUUCAGGUCAAAGCUGAACAGAUUGAUCAAGGCGGGAAGGAAAUUCUGCCCAAAAAACACCACCACCAAAAAAAGAAGAAAAAAAAACUUAUUGGGGGAGCAAAGCACUUCAUGGAUAUAUUUUUAUAUACUUUGCCCUUAUUUAUGUGUUUAAACUGUUUGAAUUAUGGGGUUGGUGCAGACAACUGUGAAACACAGUUUAAAAUAUAGACAUGUUGUAGGUAUAUUAAUUUAAUUCUGUUAGGAAAGCUCGCUGGCCAGAGUGGAAUGUAACACUGCGCAAAUUUUGAGCUAUUUUAAUACACUUUAACCAGCUAUUUGAGAAUGAUUUGAUGUUAUCUUGUGAAAAAAAGACUAUGGUACAACAUGCAAUUUACAACUGGAUCAAAAGGAUUGUAAUUUGUUGGGGAAAUUUUAUAAUCAAAAUCUUAAAAUGAAAAUGACACAAGAACUGUUUCUCUUGUGAUCCACUGUUUUGCCUACUAGAAUGUAUGUACAUUUGUUGUUUAAUUUAUAUGACUUUAGGGUUUAUAUUUAACUUUAUUAUAUAUGAAGGAGAACUGUUACCGAUACUGAGUGAGGGUCCGAGCUACUUAGGGAUUUCAUUGCACAUGAAUGACGAAUUACUGUAAUACAUUUUGCUCUACCUUCCCAGACAGAUGGAUGAAAUAACUGUAUGUAGAUUUUGGGGCAACCCUGUAGAUCAAAUAUCUGACAAAUUAAAGUAUUCUUCAUUACAGUGAUGCAGAGCCUAGUAUGGAGCCUAAGUAUGGGAUCUUUGUGUUGUGAGCAUUGGUGGUUGUGUGAUAGGGCAUCCGCCUGUUUGCAGAAGACAGCCAAAGUCCUAGUUUGUGAUGGGUUUUCUAGGCUGUUACUUUAAAUAUCAGGUGUUUUCGGAUUGCAUGAUUGUGUGGUGGGUCAAACACGUCAGUGGCCCAACUAAAAUUACAAAAUAAUUUUGACACAACUACCAACCACGCUGGCAGUUGCAUUCUUGCAGUGUUCCUUUAUGUAUGUCAUGUAAAUGCAACCAGUUAAAAAACUUUAAAGGUUUCCAGUUUACAUAAAAUUCGUCCAGUUCCUAGAAUUAGCUAGUUCAAAAGCAUCUAUGGUGACUGAAACAAAACUUGUUGGAUGAAAGUGGCUCUGUGAGAUUAUGUGAUGAGAUCAUGUUACAAGAAAUGCUAGACAAAGACUUUUUGUUUCAAUCUGACAUUUAUGCAUAAACUGCCUUUAAUAUACAGUGGCCUUAACCACUCCUUUAACAACCUACAUGGUGAGAUAGUACCAUAGAAACCUCAGUUACAAAGAAUUAAGUUAUAGUUAAGAAUAAAAGAAUCUUAACCUAUUAAGUUUAUCAAUCAUUAUUUGAAAAGAAAAGCACACAAGGCCACAAGAUACACAAGAGGUAUGCAUAAAAUGCUAUUCAAAAGUGUUUUUGUAUUUUUAAAGUUAAUAAUAAGACUGAAUAACACUAAAAACAGAUUCCCACAAAAUUUACAGCUAAAGCCAUCGCCACAGUCCAGAGAUUAGGAACUGAACGCAAUGGUAAAACAUGAGGUUUGCCACAUGCUAGAUGCAUAUGUACAGGAAUGAAAAACAGCCACAUGGACAUAAGAAUAUUCUGCCCACCCCAUCAGGAGCCUUGAUACAAAUUCAAGUGGAAACAUGUUGACAUUGGUCUACAUCAAGCCCGCCUUGCCUUACCGAAGAGUCAUAUCACAGGACAGUGAUUCAUGAAUUAUGGGCUGAGGAAAAAGCAACAUCCACAUUUCAGACAGGAUGCUUCAAGAAAAACAAGCAGGCUGUUGGUGGAUGACUGAUAAUACAAAUUUGCAGGUUUCCAUGCUCCAUCUUGGCUUCACUUUUAAAAAAAAUACUGCCAGU